AUGGAGCGCAGAGCGUUCAAACCUAGGAUCCAGAAAAAUCGAUUGGCAGAAAUUGAGGCCAACCUCAAGCUUCUUUUGGCCAAAGGGAUUAAAAUGAAGAAGAGCGAUGCAUCGAUUCUGGCGACUGCACCACGGGAGUUGCUGCGACCAAUCACAAUGGAGCUUUAUGCAUCUCUCACGUCCUUCGAGAAAGCCGAAUUUCGACAAGGAUGCCGGAAAAUUGUCGAUGGCCAAGUCAAAAUCGACAAGGAUAAAUUACGUCAGAAUCUCCUCGAAAGAGACAGCAUCAGGCUCGAGAAGCUCCAGGAUUUUGUCCUCCGGCGUCGGCAGCAGCGGAAGCAAGUCAUCGAGGAACGCUCAGAUAUAGACCGGAAAGAGCCCGGUGCGUUGCUAAGGUUGGGCGCGCUGAAAGAGAAGCAAGCGAAAUAUGCUCUGACAGGGAAGAAUGUGGCUUACGCGUUCGCUGCCAAUAUCGAUGGACUCGAAAAUGAUCUAUCCCGUAAGAAACGAAGAUCCGGCGACCAGAAUAAUGCGACCGAGAAAAAUGGCAACAAGGCAUGGGAACUGCCUGCAAGCAUACCAUCAGUUGCGAAACCGGAACGGUCCCAAGCUGUCUCCGACCCCGAAAAGGCGAAGUCGAACAUCGCAUCUGCGACCGCCGGUCUAAAGACUGCUUACACAUAUUUCCUGGAGAAAUGUAAAUUCAGCAUUGGGGACCAAAAGAAAGCAACGAUCAAGCGGAGAUGCGAAAACGAAGGGUUCCUUCUGGACGUGUGCGGAAAAAUCUGUGCUCUGCAUGUCUCCCAGAUGUUUGUACAACUUGACGAUUUCGCUGAGCCAAUGAAUUGGUUCAACGAGGGACAAGAAGUGACAAUAUUCGUCCGCGAUGUUCUGGAAAUCGAGCAGUGCCCCUUCCUGAUGCGUGUCAGAGGAUUGACGGGCAAUUUGAUAGCCUCCACGACCCUCAUCCCACCGGAUAAGUGGAUAUUUAAGGUAUCAACGCAGUUUUUGACUUUCAAAUGUCCGGCCGACACGGCUUACGACGACAAACUGACGGUCUGUCUGACACCGACGAUCAAGGGUUUCAUUCCCUUCCAAAACUGGGACGACAAGCUCCUUUACUACGCUGCAAAACUGAACGACGGAGCGGCUAUCAACGUUUAUACAUUCAGACUGGAUAGGAAUAUCGGAAAAUUUACCGAUUUCAUGGCUUCCAGAGUUCCGAAAGAUGAGUGCUACAAACUACAAAAAGACAUUGUCGUGCCCAUCAUCCGGUUCAAUUAUUCCGCGUUUCUACUUCCGUGUAGGGCUCGUUUCCAAAGCUGGAAGUUCUAUCUGCCCUUGACUGAAGCGGACGACAAUUACUCAGAGACGGACCGACACGACAAGCUCGUUCCGUGUUUGGGUGUAAUCAUGGCCAUCAACGAGAAGAAAAGAGUCGCUAUUGUUUCAACGAGAGUGUCUCGUCUGAAGAGGGCCACUCGUGAAACCACGCUGCAUGGUCUCUUCCCGAAAGGUCCAACUGCCGUUGAAGAUCGCGGAAUAAUGAACGCGAGAUUGAUCCAUGGCAAAAAGGGAAGCGAGCUCCGAGGUUUCGUUGUGAAGAGCAGGGACGAUGAUCGAACGAAAAUCCUCCUCGGCAUGGACUACAUGUGGCCAAUCAUGGGUCAUUUGAAGGACGAUACCGGAACUCUGCGUAAACGCUUGAUGCAUCUGUCCGUGGUGAGGGUCAGACUGUUGGAAGACGAAUUCGAGACGGCAAAAGGUGUUGUCGUCGAGCUCGCGGAAGCUUCCGACCCGGAGACGAUUCCUUCUGCUCAGGAUGAGACGGAAGAAGAGCAAUCGGAAGAAGGGCACGAAAACGGAAACAAUUCGCUCGAUAAUUCCACCUUGACGGAACUUGCGGAUGAAGAAGGUUUCAACUGGGACUACGAUGCUCAGCCAAACCUCAGCGUACUCGCUCGAGAACAAACGAAAGAGGACUCCGACUCGUCAUCCUCCUCCGACGAUGAUGAAGUUCCAACAGCUCCGAAGAAGAACAAGAGAGAACGAGAGGAAGACCGGCGUAGGAAAGAAGCUGCCAUCCGAGAUGCUGAGCUGAAAUUGACUUCUCCUGCGGGUGCAGUGAGUGAUACCACAAACAUGCCUAAAACUACGGAAGAGUUCGAUCGUCUGGUGAUGGCCGAUCCGAGUGACGGCUCCCUAUGGGUGAAAUAUAUGGCGCACCAUUUGCAGCAACUAGAAGUUGACAAGGCGAGACAAGUGGCCAAGCGGGGUCUGAAGUUCGUCUCAGGAAACGAAGCGGACAAACUCAGCCUAUGGCUUGCUUCUUUGAACUUGGAGAACAUGUACGGCACUCAGGAAUCGCUGGAUACAGUCUUCAAGGAGGCUUUGAAACAGAACGACCCAAUCAAGGUGUACUCCCAUAUGGCGAAGAUCUACGGAAUGACCGGCAAGAACGAACUCUGCCGAGAAAUCUAUCAGAUCAUGUUGAAGAAAUUCAAGCAACACCGGGAGGUGUGGAUCGACUUCGGCUCCUGGCUCUUCGAUAGCGGCUCCUUGCAAGAAGCUCGCCAAUUGAUGAAACGAAGCUUCAAUUCCCUCACAGAGAAAGAACACGUGGAAGUCAUCCUCAAGUUUUCUCAGUUGGAAUUUGCGAAAGGAGAACGUGAUUUCGGCAAGAGUCUGAUGGAUAACUUGCUGCUCUCGUACCCGAGAAGACUAGAUCUUUGGAAUGUGUACAUCGAUCAACUUGUCAAACUGAACGAUUUCGAUGCCGUGAGGAUCAACUUCAACAAGUUGUUGAGUGCCAAACUCCCGGUUCGGAAAAUGAAAUCCGCCUUCAAGAAAUGGCUCGAUUUCGAAACGAAGCACGGCACACCUGAGAGCCUCGAAGAAGUUAAACAAAAAGUUGUUGACUAUAUUGAUCUCGAUCGGACCUGA